AUGGCAUCCGGGAAUAGGCGUCGAGCCUUGGUCAUUGGGGGUGGGUUCUCCGGUCUCUUCGCUGCGCAUGACCUUUCGAAGCGCAAGAUGGGUAUCAAGUUCCUAUGGGGUGAAGUGAAACAGUUGGAUGGUAGCCGUUUGGUGGCUCAUGUAAAGCCUAUGUUCUCUGAGACCACUGAAGAGGUCCCCUUUGAUUACUGCAUUAUUGCAGCUGGUUGUAACUUUGGUGUCUUCCACAAAUAUAUUUUUGAAGAGCAUGAGAAGUUGAAGACUCUGAAUAAGAAGAAGGCAUCAGUUGUCGUUGUUGGUGCUGGCUAG